AUGUGCCGGGUCUCCGGGUCGGCGUUGGACGCGACAAGGCUCGCAAAGUGGUUUUACUACCCAAAUGUCUCCUUUCUGAAAGGGAAGCAGAUUGGCGACGCAAAAGCACUGGCGAUUGCUGAGGGGCUCAAGGUGAACAAGACGCUGACUACGCUCAAUUUGAGUGUGAAUCAGAUUGGCGACGCUGGAACGAUUGCGAUAGCUGAUGCACUCAAGGUGAACACGACGCUGACUACGGUCUAUCUGGGUGAGAAUCAGAUUGGCGAUGCUGGAGCACAAGCGAUUGCUGAAGCACUCAAAAUGAACACGACGCUAACUGAGCUCGGUCUUCAUCAGAAUCAGAUUGGCGAUGCUGGAGCGCAAGCGAUUGCUGACGCACUCAAAGUAAACAAGACAGUGACUACGAUCUAUCUGUACACGAAUCAGAUUGGCGAUGAUGGAGCGCUGGCGAUUGCUGAAGCAUUCAAAGUGAACACGACGCUGACGACGCUCAGUCUACAACAGAAUCAGAUUGGCGAUGUUGGAGCACAGGCGAUUGCUGAAGCACUCAAAGUGACCAAGACGCUGACUACGCUCUUUCUGUGGCAGAAUCAGAUUGGCGAUGCUGGAGCACAGGCGCUUGCUGAGGCACUCAAAGCAAACGGGCAAUAUCACUUCGGCCUUGACCAGCAGCGUGUUCCGUCGUCUGCCGAACUGGCGCAGAUUGCAGCUCGUGCCGCUGCGAACGUGGCAGAGAUUCAGCAAUUGCGCUCCGAUCUCACUGCCAAAGAUAAGACGCUGCAGCAGCUUCGAUCCGAUCUUGCUGCCAAAGACCAGCAGCUUACCGCCAAAGCUCAGGCGCUCGUUGCCAAGGAUCAGGAGCUUGCUGCCAAGAAUCGUGAACUAAAGUCAGCUCUUGAUCAGAUCGAUGUACUUGAACGCAACCAAGCCGCCUGUGGAUCUUUUUCGAACUUUGACGGACCCGUCCCACAAGUGCCUCUCGCAACGCUUGUCUCCGCCACGAACAACUUUGCCACUGAUUCUCUGCUCGGCGAAGGAGCAUUUGGUCGUGUGUACAGCGCCAGUCUGCCUGGCCCUCGUGUUGCCAUCAAAAAGCUAUCCGCCGAAUCCAAGCAAGGCACGGUCGAAUUCAAGUCGGAACUGGACUCUUUGUCCAAAUUCCGCCACGCAAACAUUAUUGCCAUUCUUUCGUAUGCAGAAGAAGGCGACGAGCGAUGCCUGGUUUACGAAUUCAUGCCCAACGGAUCGGUCCGCGAUCGUUUGAAUCGCAAAAACAACACUCCUCCGCUGACCUGGUCUCAGCGCCAUCGCAUCGCGGCCGAUGUUGCCCGCGGCAUGCACUACGUCCAGACAGCCUUUCCUGACCAUGCAUUGUUCCACCUCGACCUCAAGACAGACAAUGUGCUAUUGGACGCGUACUUUAACGCAAAAGUGGCUGAUUUUGGUCUUGUUCGUGCUGCCCAGCUGGAUGAUCAGAGCUACCUUCGCACAUCGAACGUCCAAGGUACCAAGGCUUACAUGUGCCCCGAGUUCCUCAUCGAGGGCAGAAUGACCAUCAAGACGGACGUUUAUGCAUUUGGCAUGAUUUUGCUCGAGCUCGCGACCGCCGCCAAGCCCGGGCCCAGACUGAAAACUGAUAUGCGCAAGGCUGUGAAAACCCAGAAAUUUGUUGAGAUGCUGGACUCGGCCCUCAAACCAAGCGAGGCAGAGCUCCAGAGCAUCAGCGAGCUUGUCACGCUUGCGAUGGAGUGUCUUGACGAAGCUGCCGAUGACCGUCCAUCGUUUGGUAGCAUCCUUGUUUCGUUGGAUCCUUGAUGACAAGCGGGAAAUGUGGUACUGGUGGUCUAGUGUCAUGUACGAAUGAGGGUUAGUCGUCCCGUCAUUUUCGC